AUGAAAGGGUAUUGCAAUAGCACACGCUCGUCAAGGGUAGUGACACCGUGCUUCAUGAAUCAAGUAUUCGAAUGCGGCGAGGAACACCAGAGAGGACCCUUUGCCAGUUUCUUCAUCGGGGUCGCCUUAGCAGUAACAACAGGACUGGUGGCAGCCGUGCUCCUAAGCAUUUUCGCGUGCACCAACUGGGUAAGGACGAAGAGAGCUAUGAAUGGGGUCCAAGCCGCCGUCAAAGGCUUCUUCAAGCCUCCUUAG